AUGAAUCCUCCAAAAAUAUUUGCGACGUGGCUGCUGGACAUUCCUCAAAGAUAUACCCAAACAGCAGCUCCACAGAACAAUCACAGCAGGUCAUUGAACUUUGGAGCGAUUGGAACAGUGAUAGCACAUGAAAUAACUCACAGUUUCACUGGGAGAGGAGGAAAUUACGAUGCAAAUGGCCGCCUCAGUUUUCAGUGGAUUAAUCCUGAUGGCGAUGCCUACAAAACUAAAGCUGACUGCUUCAAACAACAGUACGGAGGCAUAACUGACAACAAAGCCAACUUACCAAUCGAUGGACAACGAACACUGGACGAAAACCUUGCUGACAACGUUGGCCUCCAGAUCGCUCUGAAGGCGUAUAACACCCUAUUGAAGAACGAAUGUGCGACACCUGCCGCGAGACUGGAAGGAUUAGACCACCUGUCGGGCACAAAGCUAUUUUUCGUGUCCUUUGGAAUGGUUUGGUGUGAAGCAGCAAGCGCGGAACACGUCAAGAUGAAGAUAUUGAGAAUGCCUCACAGCCCCAACGAAUACAGGGUAAAUAUCCCGAUAAAAAAUUUACAAGGUUUCGCAGAAGCGUUCGACUGCCCAAGUACUAAAUCCAAUGAUAAUGAGAACAAGAAUGAUAAAUGCGCAUUAUUCUGACCAACUUUGCACACUUUAAGCAGCAAAAAUCACCGUAAGAAGAAAUAAAAAAAUGCA